AUGUCGUUCAUAUUCAACGCCCCCGCCCUUGCAGUAGAUGUGGGCAUCACACUUAUAUACGGUUUCAUUGGUGGCUGUUGGCUCGUGGUUAUUUAUCGAAUGGUAUCUUUGGGGGGUCAAUUGGCUCUUCUAUCUCUUCCAUCGUCAUUUCCUCAUCACCCGUCUUUUUCAUCCGCUUCCACCGCCCAAGAGUAUUGGCUAUCGCUGGGAGGCGAAUUUCUCUUUGCCAUCAGUCUGCUCGAGGUGAUCUUUUCGAUUUACUGUCUUUACUUGAUUCGAUGUGCUCAGGCUCUACCCGACUCGACACCCCGUUCAUUGGAGCUCCUCAAGGAUUUGAUUGUUCAUGCCCUUGGAAGUGGCCUUGAGCCCGAUCCACCCUCUGAUCCACAUACAAGAACCACCGACGAAAAAGAUCUUGAUCCAGAUUUAGGAAUAGCUCCUUCAACCGCCUUUCUGAACAAACCAUUACCAUUUGAUCAUCCAAAAGCCAAAGAUUUCCGGGAGAAUCAUUCAAUAUGGUUCCAAAAUUCCCGUUGGGAAGAUAUCUAUCGUGAGAACCACCUCGAAUGGCUCUCUGCGGCCCUUCUGAACAAGCCUUUGGAGAAAGUAAAAGAAGAAGACAAGCUCAAGUCAAAAGAAGAGGCUGUCCUACCGCUUUUGGAUGAACUCGUGUGCGCCUACGAGAAGCGAGUGGGAACUAGAUUGCCAGACGGAUACAACGAGUACUUGGCCGACAAAACGAUCAUGCUGUUUAAGGAUCCAAUUAGAGUUAGCCUGAGACCCUUGACGCUUUCUUACGGUGUGGCGUGGUCGGUCAACGAGAUAAUCCGGCAGCUCUUAAGAUACAAAGGUUUCAAACUCAAGUGUUGCUCGAACCGAAAAAAUGGGCUCAAGUACUUCAUCAGGAUACCUGACUCGUGGAGAAAACUACCAUCUGAUCAGAGGCCUCCCGCCAUUCUGUUCAUACACGGAAUCGGAACGGGUUUCCUGCUAUACAGCAGUUUGAUCAAAUAUUUGGCGCUUUCUCCGUGGGCUAAUGAGAGACCCGUGAUGAUAUUGGUCCAACCUCAUAUUUCGAUGGAGAUAUUCUCACCUGCUUACUUUCUUCCACCCAAUGAAACCCAACUGACUGGUGAUAUCAAAGAAGUUUUCGAGGAUUUGGGCUUUCAUGAGACAGGAGUUGAACUCUUAGCCCAUUCAAACGGCACCGUGGUUUCAGGCUGGAUAAUAAAAGCUUUCCCCAAGCUCGUCAAGAGGUCUUGCCUUUUGGACCCGAUUUGCUUUGUGCUGGGCGUCUUGACUACGGACCAUCGACUCGAAUUCCAUCUUUCAUAG